GGCCUCAGCGGGAACAGGAACUCCUUUUCCUCUGAAGACCCAGUCGGGCACAUGGGGCCCCCAACUCUCCUCCUGCUGCUCUCCGGGGCCCUGGCCCUGACCCAGACCUGGACAGCCCCCGCAAGCCCCACCGAGAACCCAGGACACGCGUCCUCCCGGACUCCUGGCCCCCACACCCUGAAAUAUUUAAGCACCGCCAAGUACGAACCGGGCCACGAGAAAUACGGGUACACCGCAGUCGUCUACGUGGACGACAAGCAGAUCUUGAGUUACAACAGUGACGCCGCGGACCCUAAGCUGCAGCUGCGGGUGCCGUGGAUGGAGCAGUGGUGGGUGGAGCCGGAGGGCACACAGUUUUGGAAGGAACAGACGCGGGAAAUCGAGCACAACGAAGAGUGGAGCAGAGUGAAACUGAACAACCUGCUAGCCCACUACAACCACAGCAACGGGUCUCACACUUGGCAGGAAAUGACCGGCUGCGUCGUGGGUUCCGACGGGCGCUUCCUCCACGGGUUCAGUCGGUUUGCCUACGACGGCACGGACUACGUCGCCCUGAACGAGGACCUGCGCUCCUGGACCGCUGCAGCGGGGGUCAGCUGGAGCAACGUUCUUCUGCAGGCCGUCGAUGCGAACAUCCGGAGGUUCUUCCUGCAACUCACGUGUGUUCGCUGGCUCCUCCAGCUCAUGGAGAAGGGGAACAACACCCUGCUCCAAGCAGACCCUCCAAAGACACACUUGACCCACCACCCCAUCUCUGACCAUGAGGUCACCCUGAAGUGCUGGGCCCUGGGCUUCUACCCUGCGGACAUCACCCUGACCUGGCAGCGUGAAGGGGAGGACCUGACCCAGGACACGGAGCUUGUGGACACCAGGCCUGCAGGGGACGGGACCUUCCAGAAGUGGGCAGCUGUGGUCGUGCCCCCUGGAGAGGAGCAGAGAUACACGUGCCAUGUGCAGCACCAGGGGCUGCCUGAGUCCUUGAUCCUGAGUUGGGACCCCCCUCCUCAGACCACCACAGACCCCCCUCCUCAGACCAUCAUCAUCAUCGUGGGCAUCGCUGCAGCCCUGAGUCUCCUUGGAGCUGUGGUCGCUGGAGCUGUGCUGUGGAGGAGGAAGUGCUCAGGCAGAGACAGGGAGCGCUAUGCUCAGGCUGUCUCAUGACAGAGCUGCCUUAUCCAGGAGUUGGUGCUAGAACAGUCACUGCAUCCUCCCCUGGGGACUUGCAGAAUCCCUGUCUCCCAUGUCAAUGACCUGCAUCUACCCCUGAACCCCUAUCUUUUGGGCAUUUGUUAUUUGUUUGUUUUGUAGGCAUUGUACCUAUGAUUGAUUUUUUAAAAAUAAAUUUUGGGCCCUCAUGUGGCCACCACUGGGUAUCUGGCCUGCAACCCACCUAUGUGCCUGGACAGGGAAUCAAACCAGAGACCUUUUAAUUACCAACCACAUUCAACUGACUGAGCUACACCAGCC